CUUUCCAUUCUUAGCCACGCUCUUAUUAUCGACCAUCAACUCGCUUUAAAUACCAAGCUCCGCGCGCGUCGAUUCGACCGUUUCCGGCCACCGGAGUUCCGAUUUCCGGUUAUCCAGACAGCCUUCUCGAAGGGAAGAUCACCGUUUAAUCGAGCUUAGUUGUCAGAGGGACAGAUGUCUGCUGGACAGGAAGGAGUUCUUGGUCGGCCAAAGGCAGAGUGGACUCCAUCCCGUGAUGCUUAUUUGGUUGAGCUUUUCAUAGAGCAACACAAUUGUGGAAGAACAGCUUACAAUGAAUUCAAGAAUGAAGUGAUUAGAUCUGUUACACUUGAUUUUAAUAAGAAAUUUGGUUUGAAUUUAGAAGAGAACCAGAUAAAAAACCGUUACAAUGUGAUGAAGAAAGAUUUUGGUGUGGUUAAAACACUGCUUGGUCACACCGGAUUUGGUUGGGAUGAAAUUCGACAAAUGGUUGUGGCUGAUGACAAAGUGUGGGACAGUUAUAUUGCUGUAAGGAGUGAAGCAAGACCAUUUAGACGCAAGAGCUUUCCUCUUUAUAAUCAAAUGUCCAUUAUUUUUGAAGGAGAAAGAGCUACUGGGAAGCACCAAUUUCCCAAUGCAAUACACAUGGCAACCGAAGAGGGAAACAGUAACACCGAAACGGUUCGAUCUUCUGAGCCUACUAAUCUUCCUGCACAAGUGGUUGAUGGCACUGCGGAUUCAGAUUCAAUAAUCCGUAUAAACUACACACAACCUAGGAAGCGAAAAUCCGACGGUCCAACAAUGUCUAGUCGUAAAAAAAGAGCAUGCUAUAAGGUGGGGGAGAUAGUAGAGAAUGCAUUGUACGAUAUGUUCUCAGAAGCCAAUUUAAAAGGUGUGCAAAGGAUUGCAUUGAAUGAGAAAAACUUGUAUCAGAAAUGCCUGGAAGAGUUGCAAAAAUUGGAAGAUUUGGAUGACAUUGAGUUCACAAAAGCUGUAAAUGUUCUCAAGGAUGACAAAAAUGCAAUUGCAUUCAUGACCAUCAGAGGACCUCGGCGGUUAAUCUGGUUGAAGUCUCUAUGGCAAACUUAGUUAUUUUUCUAGAACACAAAUUGUAACAUGACCCAUUUAGCAUUAUGCCUCACUAAGUUUCUAACACAUCUUACAGAACUUGGUUAAGGUUUAUUUUCUGCUUCUUUUUACUUUCAUUUGUUAUUUGGAAGUAACAGAUCCUAUUUUAUAUGGAUAAGGUUUAUAUUCUAUUUUAUA